AUGGCGUCUCUCGGCCUCCUGCUGCUCAGCACCGCGCUGAUUCACACCGCUCAGUCUCUCCCUGCAGGUCGUGGUGGUGGCCGUGGCCUGGAUAUCUCGGUGGGCGAAGCCAGACGUCAGCGCAGGGACGUCCGUAACCUGGUGCCCUAUGAAGACCAGAUGAUGUCAUAUCCUGCCACACAGGGAGGAGGCAGAGCCAACGACCUGUACUACCAGACUGAUGACUGGAGGGGGAGGGGCUUGGACCAGGCUCUGCAGCGACUGGUGGAGAGAGACCAGAGGCGGGAGCAGGAAGAGGAGCAGCGAGCAGCCUACCUGGCCUCUCUGCUCCGCCUACUGAACGAGGCAGAAAGCGCAGGAUUGGUCGGUCCAGGAGACGUGGAAGUGAUCGAGGAGGAGGACGAUGUGGAGGACGAUGAGGGGCCACCAGAGGACUUCCAGGGCGCGGCUCCCCCAGACUACGAUGAGACGGGGCGGGGGAUGAGCAUGGGGAGACCCCCGGCGGCCUGGUGGGGCCUCCUGGAGCCCCAGCUGGCUCAGGCUCUGCUAGACAGAGCGAGACAGGAGAGACUUCAGCAGGCGGGGCGAGUUUCAUCCGGACUGAACAGAGACCAGGACACUCUGAGACGUAUGGUUGCUAGGAUAAUGUCCAGCAUCGGCCCUGACAACGCCCAGGUGAUCUCCUCCGGUCGCAGAAUGAAGAGAGACCUGUCAAUCACACCAGUCGAACCCGCUAGCCCCGCCCACAGAAGAACCCGACGUUCCCUUGACGACGUGGCCCCUCCGUCGCCAAGCAACGACCCCCCUCUGCUCAGGGUGAAGAGGUUGGAAGAGGAGCAGGAAGAAGAGGAAGAGAGGCUCCACCCUGCCGCCGGGCUGCAGAGGAUCAAACGCAUCGAUACCAUGACAACCGCCGCAAUGGAAGAACUGAAUCAUGGGAGUCGUAGGCGUCGGAGGAGAGCCGCCCAAAACUACGACCCCCAAAUACUGAUUGAUCAGAUUUUAGAGUACAUGAGGGAGUAA